AGCAUUUUAGUCAUUUUCUCACACCCGCUCCGACUCAAACGAGUCACACCACUCACUCUGGUAGGUCCAGUCCCACUCUAGUUUCUUGAAGGUUAACUUUGAAAACCCUUCAAUGGAAGAACCUUCAACUCAGCCAAGAAAGCGAGGAAGGCCAAAGGGAUCGACGAAAAGCAAAGAGGAGAGAGAAAUUGAAACGAAGAUGAAAGACAGAGGUGGUGGCGGUGUCGAUAGGAAGGUCGCCGUCGACGAAAAGUACACGCAGUGGAAGUCUUUAGUUCCUGUUCUUUAUGAUUGGUUCUCUAAUCACAACCUUGUUUGGCCUUCUCUCUCUUGCCGGUGGGGGCCACUGCUUGAGCAAGGGACUGUCAAGAAUCGACAACGACUCUAUCUUUCUGAACGGACUGAUGACAGUGUUCCAAAUACUCUGAUUAUUGCAAAUUGUGACGUUGUUAAACCAAGGGUUGCAGCCAAAGAUCAUAUAGCACAUUUCAAUGAGGAAGCACGCUCCCCAUUUGUGAAAAAGUAUAAAACUAUUAUACACCCUGGAGAGGUGAACAGAAUCAGGGAACUUCCCCAAAACAAAAACAUUGUGGCAACACAUACUGACUGCCCUGAUGUUCUCAUUUGGGAUGUUGAAGCCCAACCUAAUCGUCAUGCUGUCCUUGGUGCUGCUGAUUCUCGUCCAGAUCUGGUAUUAAGUGGACAUCAAGAUAAUGCAGAAUUUGCACUUGCAAUGUGCCCAACUGAACCCUUUGUGCUCUCUGGAGGGAGGGACAAGUCUGUGGUGUUUUGGAGUAUUCAUGAUCAUAUAUCAACAUUGACUUCCGAUGCAUCCAAGUCUGCGGUAUCUGCUGGAUCAAUCAUUAAAUCUACUGAUAACCCAACUAUUGGACCACGUGGAAUCUUCCAAGGGCAUGAGGAUACAGUUGAAGAUGUGCAGUUUUGUCCAUCUAGUGCACAGGAGUUUUGUAGCGUUGGUGAUGAUUCUUGCCUCAUACUCUGGGAUGCACGAGUUGGCUCUAGCCCUGUUGUCAAGGUUGAAAAAGCGCAUAAUGCUGAUGUUCAUUGUGUUGAUUGGAGUCCUCAUGAUGAGAACCUUAUCCUCACUGGGUCCGCGGAUCAUUCUGUCCGCAUGUUUGAUCGCCGCAAUCUAACUUUUGAUGGAGUAGGAUCACCAAUCCAUAAAUUUGAAGGUCACAGAGCUGCUGUUCUUUGUGUCCAGUGGUCUCCUGAGAAGGCAUCUGUCUUUGGAAGUUCUGCAGAAGAUGGUUUCUUAAACAUCUGGGAUUACGAGAAGGUUGGCAAAAAGAAUGAAAGUAGGACGAGAUCUCCAAGUGAUCCCCCAGGGUUGUUUUUUAAACAUGCUGGCCACAGGGAUAAAGUUGUUGACUUUCACUGGAAUGCAUCUGAUCCAUGGACGAUUGUGAGUGUAUCUGAUGAUGGUGAAACCUCCGGUGGAGGUGGUACACUACAGAUAUGGCGCAUGACGGACUUAUUGUACAGGCCGGAAGAGGAGGUCUUGGCUGAGCUCUAUCAGUUUAAGGACCAUGUGAUUGAAUGCACUUCGAAGUCUUGAGAGAGUAUCACUAGCUAGCUAGAGCCUAGAGGACUUGCACGAAAAGUCUUUUCGUAUUUCUUAUUGUUUGAGCUUUAGUUGUAUUGUUAUUUGCUUAAUAUAGCUGUUUCAGACAUUGGAUAUGCGAAUUUUUAUGCUAGUUUAGCCAAGAGAUUACAACGGUCUGGAUCUUGUGAAGUCGGGUUAAACUUUAUAGAGGGUGAAGUAUGGUUCACUGUGACCGCACGAUAAGAAUUGCGUGCUUCGUAUUAAGUCACAUCAUAGCUGGAACUCCUGAAUAUGAAUUUCAUAGAAUCACAAUGCCCAUUAAGGGACUAGAGAAAACCAGGCUAUUGGUGGUAGAUUACUGUUACAAACAGAUGAACCUAUGCUAUGUCGGGCUUUGUGAUAAUUUCAAUGGCUGGGUGAACAGUCGAAAAGUAUGUUUGUGUGUGUGUGAAAUAAUGAGUCAAUCAACGAGACAAG